AUGAAGACAAGGGAAACGCCUGAGCAACUAUAUGCCUCUGCCGUGGAACUACUGGAGCAGUCUCGGGCUGAGGAAGCACUACAGAAAGCCAAGCGACUCUGGUCGGGAAUACGACAUGACAAUCCGUCGGAAGCUCUCCCAGCCCUCAAUCUCCUAGGCGACAUUAGCGUCGAACUCGGCGACGUUGAUACGGCGAGGGCUUACUUUGAGCAAGCUGUCACUCUCGAUCCGGAUGGCACGUUUCCAGAAGCCAUGGGUGGUGGCGCGGAGAAGUUUCUCUGGCUCGCUCAACUCUGCGAGGAAGGUGGCAAAGCCAGCGUCGAGUGGUUCGAGCGGGGCGUUAAAGCGUUGCAACACGAGAUUGCCGCUCUGGAGUCCAGCCGGAGUCCGAGUGUCGACGCUGAAACGCUGCUCAUGAUGCGUGUCGAGAAGAAACGAAAGCUGGCCAACGCACUCUGCGGCAUUGUCGAAGUAUACAUGACCGAUCUGUCGUGGGAAGACGACGCGGAAGCACGAUGUGAGAUGCUGGUUACUGAAGCGAUGGGUGUAGAAGAUGAAACGAGUCCAGAGGUCCUGCAGACGCUGGCUUCCGUCAGACUGUCACAGGAGCGGAAGGAUGAUGCCCAAGCUGCCUUGACUAGAUCAAUUGACAGCUGGAAAGGACUGGAACCUGAAGAUCCUGCGGUGCCUGAUUUUGCCACUAGAAUCUCAUUGUCGCGCCUGUUGAUGGAAGCUGGAAUGGAACAGGAAGCGAUGCAAGUGCUGCAGCGCCUGGUGACGGAUGAUGAUCAGAGCGUCGAAGCUUGGUAUCUUGGUGGCUGGUGUCAGUAUCUGCUAGCUGAGAAGUUUAAAGAGGACGAUCCCGCCCCCUUUGAGCUUGCGAUGAAAGGGAGCCGAAACUGGUUGAAGAUGGCGCUUACCCUGUACGCGCAACUCGGCUACGAGGAUGAGCGGCUGUUUGAUCAUGCUAUGGAGCUAGUGGCUGGCCUGGACAGGGUAAUGGGUCCGGAAAAAGCAAAGGCCGAGGCUGGAGAAGAGGACGAGUGGGAGGAGUGGGAUGGAAUCGAGGAUGGUGAUGAAGAAAUUGUCGACGAAGAUGAGGAGAUGAAAGACAGCUGA